UUAUUUAACAAAAAUCAGACCUACAAUUCGAAGGUGCUAUUGAACCCUAAACUUUAAUCUCAAAAUGCUUCAAGCUUGUAGACCACUAAUUUCGCAAUGUGGAUUCCAGCUAACGAGGCGCAGUUUCUGCGCUCUAUUCAAAACUAAGGUAAAUUUAAAGUCAGAAGAUUUCGAAGAGAUGGAAACCCCGGCUAACAGGCAAAGAGUUGAGCUACCAAAACCGGAGAAAAAGCUGAGCAAACGCUAUGAGGAGUUUCGGGAGAAGCUGCGAUCGGAGGCGCCUCAGGGACCCCUUCCUGAAUGUGCACCACAUCCGGCCCACGAAAAGGAGCCACUGAAGCCCUGGCCCAAUAAUACCAAUCCACAUACUGGGGAAAUCGGAGGACAGGCGGGUCCAGAACCCACGCGCUAUGGCGACUGGGAAAGGAAGGGAAGAGUCACGGAUUUCUAGGAGAAUCCCAUCUUCACCUCGACACCUUUGUUUGGACAAUUUCUGAUUUAUUAACCGCGUUAACAACAGAAGCACUCUCAAUUUGUUACACGCUCGCUGGGCGGGGAAAACUGUGU